AAUAAAAUUUUUGUUUUAUUUUUUAGAUUUUUUCUUCACCACUAAAGAAAAGUACUUGAAGAAAUCAAAACGGGGGCGAAACGAAACCACAAACGCAGGACGAAAUCGUCCUCGAGCGCACCAACGAGCACACGCUACGCCAACAGGACUAAUAUUAUUAGCAUGGCUAAUAAUAAUUAUGACAAUUACGAUGAUUACAACACCGGGCAAUUACAGCACGCCAAACAUAAUCGACAAAAUAGUAAUAGGGUUAAUAUGGUUAUAAAUCAUGAUUGUGAUGUGUUCGAGCGCAAAAAUGACGAGAAUAUCAAUGAUUAUUUGAUGGAGAAAGGCGGAUUAUACGUGGAUUAUAGUGAUAAUACGGAUGAGAGUAAGAUAUGUGGCACGGAGCCGGUGCCGGACAUGUAUCAGAGCUACAAAUUCGGCGAUUGCAUUCCACGGUCUGGCAAGGUGUUCUCGUACACCUUUUGGCGCAUCAAGGCGAAUGCCGAUGUUUUUUGGAGUAUACAAGGCAACAAUGAAAUGGAGGGUGCCAUUGGAGGUGUGUGGAUAGCAACACAAUAUUUCGGCAAUCCGUCAGCAGCGCCAAAAUUCCGCCAAGAAAUCACCCUUACACACCCCACCGAACACAAUAUUCAGAUGACGUACGCGUCACCUCUCACCGAAGGCGAGAAUUGCAUCUUUAUAUCAAAAGCAAUCGUCCACCAUUUUCGGAACGAAGACAACUCCAUCGAUUUCGACUUCCGCAUUGUACGCUCAAAGAAAAACCACCGCAAUCGCAAGAAAACCUUUUAAAACUUUCAAUUUAAAUUCAAUAAUUUAAAUUUAAUUUAUUUCUAUUUAAAUUUUAAAAGAUAAAAAAUAAAUUUCUACCAUGUAUAAUAUUAA